AUGGCCGGGUUUAUCUCGGGUCACUCAACCAAUGAAAAGCGUCUCUUCAUCGGCAAGUGCAAUGAGCAAUUAAGCUUCCAGCAGCCAGAAGCUACCUGA